AAAAAAAAACCCAAACCCCUUUCCCAAACAAUCCCCCACCGGAAAAGCAGGCGAACCCCCAUCCAUCGGGAUCCAUGGCCGGCGGCGGGCAGGCGGCGGCGUCGCUGCUGACGAAGCUGGCGCAGGCGGCGGCCGGGCUGGGCAUCGCGGCGUCGGCGGCGUCGACGGCGCUGUACACGGUGGACGGCGGGCAGCGCGCCGUGAUCUUCGACCGGUUCCGCGGCGUGCUCCCGGAGACCUCGUCGGAGGGCACCCACUUCAUCGUCCCCUGGCUCCAGAAGCCCUUCAUCUUCGACAUCCGCACCCGCCCGCACAGCUUCUCCUCCACCUCUGGGACCAAGGACCUGCAGAUGGUCAGCCUCACCCUCCGCGUCCUCGCGCGCCCCGACAUCGACCGCCUCCCGGACAUCUUCACCUCGCUGGGCCUCGAGUACGACGAGAAGGUGCUCCCCUCCAUCGGCAACGAGGUGCUCAAGGCCGUCGUCGCGCAGUUCAACGCCGACCAGCUCCUCACCGAGCGCCCCCACGUCUCCGCGCUUGUCCGCGACUCCCUCAUCCGCCGCGCCGCCGAGUUCAACAUCGUCCUCGACGACGUCGCCAUCACGCACCUCGCCUACGGCCCGGAGUUCUCCCAGGCCGUCGAGAAGAAGCAGGUGGCGCAGCAGGAGGCCGAGCGGUCCAGGUUCCUCGUCGCGCGCGCCGAGCAGGAGAGGCGCGCCGCCAUCGUCCGCGCCGAGGGGGAGAGCGAGGCCGCGCGCCUCAUCUCCGAGGCCACCGCCGCCGCGGGCACCGGCCUGAUCGAGCUCAGGAGGAUCGAGGCCGCCAAGGAGAUCGCCGGGGAGCUUGCGCGCUCCCCCAAUGUCUCGUACAUCCCGGCCGGCGACAGCAGCCAGAUGCUGCUUGGUCUCAGCGGCGCUCGGUGAAUGAAUCAUCAUCUUUCCCUUUAGUCAGUUGCAUUACCUUUUAGAUCUUAUUAUCACUUCAUGGUAUUAUUGGAUCCCAUAAAUUUUCCACUGAUGGAGAUGAAUUGUCGAACAAUUGCUGCAUUUGUCUUGCCCAAAAUAUGUGGCAAUUUGUUGAAUUUUGUGAUCCUUCAACUACUGCAAUGCAGGAAUCUUAUAUUUAGAAAUCUACAUUGCUUUGUUGAUGCUGUGAAUGUUUUAUCCAAUUUUGUGCUAUGAUAAUUCUUUUA